GUGACCAAAAUUUUUAUCUUUUUUAAAAAAACAUGCCUUCUUGUAAAGAGUUGCGCCAAGAACUUGUUAAUUGUAUGCUUAAAUCUGACUGUGUUCUUAUAAAACGGCAUACUGUCAAAGAAUGUUUACAGCCAGAACAUGCCGAAGAUGUUCCCAAAGAAUGUCAAAGCAUCCGAAAGAGUCUCUUUGAAUGCCGAAGGGGUCUGCUUGAUAUGCGGACGCGUUUUCGAGGCAAUAAAACAUAAACACAUUCAAGCGGAGUUUAUGCGAUAGUAUCUUUAUAUAAAUUCAAAGCAUUGACAUUUUUCUACCAACUUUCUUUUGAGUUUAACGAGUAACAAAAUUUGCAACAUCAAAAUAUGGUCUUGAUUGUAAAUUUCGACACAAAACGGAUAGCAGCAAGUUACACUUUAUGAAAGUAAAUAAUUUAAUAAAUACAAAAAUUCAAUUACAG